GCAGGGGGCGGGAGAGAGAUACUGACCAACAGCAGACUCUUGGAAAUCUGCUCUUCCCCUCGCCACCACCACCACCAUCAUCACCGCUGCGUAAUCAGGCAGGUCCAGGGCUGAGGCGCACCGAGCUCUGCUUAUUGAUAAGACUCCUUGGAAGAAGAGGACCGCAAACUACCGUGCUGACCUGCGACGUUAGUUGCGACGCGUCACGGUUAAAGAGACCCUUGACCACUGGAAAAAAGAGAAGCCAACUGGAUUUUUAAUUUGUUGUAUUUUAAAGAAAUCGGAACAUCAUCGGAAUAAUUUCAACUUCACUUACUUUCUGAGCACCCUGGAUAGUUUUGUCUUGAGAAGUGUGGACCUGUAUUGCGUGGAAAUGUCAAGUCUUUUGUUAAUUAAAUGUUCUGUUGUCCACUUGGGCAAGGUGUAGUAGAGAAGACUGAGCAUCUCGUUGAAGAGUGCCUGACUUAAAACUUGGAGGUUUAUUGUUCAGCCAGCACUGCGGAGCUUUUCUUUUUCACGAGGGGGACUUAAAAGUUCUUGUUCUUCGGAUAUCUCUGCUGGAGAGACGACAGUGUGGACAGUCUACGCGCGCGAAGUUCCGCAGGGCGAGCCGCUGUCCCCUCGCGCGCACUGCUCCGGAGAGAGGGACUCUCGCGCUUCCAUAAAUGCCCGGUCCGUCGAAGAGGCUCGAGGCUGGGCAGCAAGAUGAGCUCGUGGGUACAGCUGCUGCUCGUGUUGCUGGCGGCGUGUCUGCGGUUUGGCGUAGCCGAGGGGGACCCUCUGCCUGCAGCCCUGGUGGAGCUGGUUAGAAACAGCCCCAUCUCCUCCAUAGAGGACCUUCAGCUGCUGCUGCUCACUGACUCCGUAGAUGAGGAGGACGGGACUUCUCCAGUCAAUGGAGGUCAUAGACUACCAAGGAGCCUUGACGCCCAGCCAGCUCAACAGGCUCUAUGUAAAGUUCGUACGGAGGUGGUUGAGGUUACGAGGGCGAUGUUGGACCGUAGCAACGCUAACUUCUUGUUAUGGCCGCCCUGUGUCGAGGUUCAGCGCUGCUCUGGCUGCUGCAACACCAAGAGCCUGCAGUGUGUCCCUGUCGUCACGCACACCCGAUACUUGCAGGUCAUGAAAAUCGAGUACAUCAAUAAAAGACCCACUUAUGCUAAAGCAGUGGUGUCAGUGGUUGAUCAUGUGGAGUGCCGAUGUCAGCCCACUCCACGGCCCCCUGUGCUCAAGAAAAAAUCAUCUCGCAGACAGCACAACCACCAGCAUCGAAACCAGACACUCAGCCAAGGACAUGGACAGGUCAAAGUGCACUCCAAGGAUGAACUCCAUCAGUGGGAUGAGCUGAAACAGAACCAGAGGACCCACCUGGAGGAUCUCUUGGAACAGCACUGGAGCCCCAGAGGAGACACCUUCACUCAGCCUGGGGAAGGGUACAGCCUGGCUGGGGAGGAUACAUCCCGCUCUGGAGAGGCUAUUCUUUUCACUCCACAGUGGGCACAUAACGCCACCAGGCUCCUUGGGACUAAAGACACAACUGACAAUCUGGAGAAUGUGGAGAGGAAGAAUGGUAGGCUCUCAGACAGCAACAAGACUGUUUCCUCCAUGGAUAAUGUUGCCGUUGAGGCAAAGAAUAAGUUGGUAGAUGGUGGGGGUGGGCUGCUGUUUAAAAUAACUAAAGGGAAAGUGAAUGGGGGAAACAGGAGCAGUGACGAAGGCACACAAACACAGAGUCCAUUAUGGCAAGAAGACAAAUCCAAAUUUUCAAAGAGCCACAUGAGUGGUUUCUCUCACGCUGUUACCCAGAAUCCUCAAGCCAAGCUCAGUCCUAUCGAGGAACCCAGUGAGAGAGGUGGGAGCAGGUUUCGACCAACCAAAGAGCCAAAUCCAGAUCCUCAAGAACUGGCGAGACGGAGAGACAAUGAGACUCCUGAUGAGGUGAGGAUAUUACAGAUUGAGGAGGAAAAACUGGAGCAGGAGAGAAAAGAGCUUCUACUUCUCCACAAGAGGCUUGACCAAGAGAAGGAGAUACUGAGACAACAGCAGAUGAAGCGAGAAGAGGAGGGAAGGCUGAAAGAAAAGGAAACUGAGAGUCAGCAUCACGAGAAGGGUAAACACCAUCAUCAUCUGCAAACAAUAACAACACAGAAACCAGCGACAACGUCCUCGAGUACCCCACGACAGCCAUCAACUCCAGCAGGCCCCAGACCUCCACCCCAUCCAAAGAGAAGGAUGAGGAAGAAUCGCAAACGCAUCAGCAAAGCAGCUAUGAGAGCAAUGCUAAUGUAGAACUAAAAUUAACCAAGUGACACAAAGUGAACUUGGUAUAUUUUGUGGAUCCAGAGGUGAAGCAGAGUGACUCCCUUCAUAUUAGUAUUUAUUCAUUUGUCAGUAACCUGUGAGAUCUCCUCCGUAACACUACUAAUGACUGUCUGGUGAACCUGUAACUACACUUGUAUGGAGUAAGAGGAGGGUAAGACGAAGAUGGAAUAUAAGUAAAAGGUGGACCUUGUCAAGAGAACACUUUCCUCUACGACUGACAAACUGUGCGCAAGCACAGUACCUGUGGGAGACUGAAACUGCAUCGCUGUAGAACUGUGGACAAUAGUGCAAUUUCAAAACUCUUCUUGAAACCUUGUUUUGAUAUCAACAGUGAGAAACUGCACUUAAAUGUCAACAGAACUGAGUCUAUAUGGGGUUUAAAUGAAAAAGUUUGUUGCUUAAAGACUGGAUGAUGUGCUGACCACAAUCAGAUUGGACUACAAAGUGGACAUAACUCUUUUGAGUCAUUGAAGAAUCUGUUUUAUUGUAAUUGGAUUAGAGACAAUCAUCAAUAGGCUGCAACAAGUAAUGUUGACUAAAAUGAGCAGUAUUAUGUGUGAUAGAAUUCACAUACAUACAGGGCUCAGUGUUGGGAAGAUAAAGCUGUGUAGAUUUAACUUACCAAGGCCUGAUAUCAUUUAUGAGCUCCGUAAAACACAGAUUGUCUCUCUUUAACCAAAUAUUAAUUAUAUUUAACUCAUUGCAAACACUGGAAUCAGAGAACAAAAACAUAAAAUGUUGCAUUAGUGAGUUUUGUCUGUUUCAUGAUCUCAUCACAGGUGUGAAGAAAAAGGUGCUGUUUGAAUACUAGCUCAUAGCGUUACACCUGUGACCUGUUGAUGUGCUAUGUUUCUUAUUUAUUUAUCUCUGCCAUUACUGUGGAUUGAUACUGCAAACAAGAUGUGGCUGAGAUAUGUAACAAUGCUUCAUGAUGGCUGGGUGGUUCAAACAUACAGAACAAGAUGUAAAAAAAAAGAAGGUCGAAACCUUUUGUGACUUCCCAGGAUCAUGCAGUGUUUAACUUCUAUGUCAAGUGUGUGCAUGCAUGUUUGUGUGGUGUCAUUUGAGUAUGGGCUGCGGCCCACGCCUACACAUCUGUCAUGCAUCUCAGUACUCAUGUAGAAGCAUAUAUCUGUUUCUCUCUUUCUGUCUUUGGUAAAGAAGUGUCUCUCUUCCACUGAUUGCUUUUUUUGUAGAAACAAUCACAUUCCUUUAAAACUCUGGGAGAAAAACACCUACCUACAACAUCAUUUGUGUCCCCACUGUAUUUGUUUUAUUAAUCUACAACACAUUGUAUUUGACAUUUAAUUUACAGGAAACUAAAAGGGUCAAAGCAAGUAAAUCAAUAGUUAGUCACUUAAAAGGACAGCAAAAGGCCAAAAAUUGCAAAUGUAGAUAGUUUUUGUGUCCUAUAUUUCCAUUAGCAACAACAUGUAGAAACUGGUGAUGCUAUUUCUGUCCAAUAAUCCAUAAUCCGCCAAACAUCUUAAAUUAUUGAAAAACAUGGCUUGUACGUUCUUCAUGCCAACUUACAACUGUUACUGAUUUUGUUUGUUUUAUUAAAAGAUAUGAUGAAAAAACUGAA